AUGUCUGAUAAUUUAUAUAAAUCAAAAAAAACCUUACCAUCAUCAUCUUCGACAGCAUCUUUGAUUGAUUUGAAAAAUAAUCAAAAACCAAAUUAUCGUAGAGCUCAGUCUGCUAGUUAUACUACUCAAGAGACUACGUUAAAAGAUCGCCUAAAAAUCAAUAGGAGAAAUACCACGGAGUCUUUUUACGAUAAAAGCUCUACUACUCUCUUUUGGGACUUGGUUGGUAGAGAAAAUUAUACCAUUUCACUGAAUAAUUCUCCUGUUCUAUGUAACAGUUUCUCACCACCCGAGGAAGAUUAUUUUAGUUUUACCUCGGCUUUUAUUUAUAAAUUUGGUUCGUUCUCUUGGCGAUCCAAAAGGUUUUCUUUGCGAGCCGUACCUACUAUGGUCCCUAAAAAAGACAAUAGUUCAAUUAAUUUAUUAACAACAAAAUUUAAAGGUUUACAAUCUAAGAAAGUUCCUGCAAGUAUUACCAGCAUUUUCUUAGGUAAUUUAGAUCAAAACACGAAUAUAAAUAACAACCCUUCUAAGUCACGAGAAGAAGAAAUAACAGUUCCGGAACCAAAAAAAAUUUUGAUGGCUCCUAUUGAACUUCGUGGUAGAAAAUCAGAUACCGAGCCUGUUCUAAAUAUCGAUAUGGCUGAACAAAUACGUCAACAACUUCCAAGACGUGUACGAUUGUCUCCAACGUGGAAUUUAUUAUAUAGCCUUGAUCAGGAUGGUACAAGUAUGACUACUAUGUAUCAUAAAGUAAAAGAUAAAGGACCUUUAAUAGUGGCAAUCAAAGAUAUGAAUGAACAGGUUUUUGGUGCGUUUGUUAGCGAAUCGCUAAAACCGCGUCCUUCUUAUUAUGGAACUGGAGAAUGUUUCCUGUGGAAAUAUUUACUUCCAAAAGAAAGGGAUACAUUUCCACCAAAAAUCAAUUCUUAUUUAUGGACCGGAAGAAAUGAAUACAUGAUAUUGAGCGAGCAUGAUUAUUUGGCAAUUGGUGGAGGUGACGGAAGGGUUGGUUUAUGGAUGGAUUCAGAUUUGGAAAGAGGAUCCUCAGCGAGAUGUGACACUUUUGAGAAUGACAUCUUGUCUUCCUCUCCUGAAUUUGAAUGCAUGGGGUUUGAAGUAUGGGGUUUCAAUUAA